GAACUUGUAAAACCGUAAUAAAAAUGGGUGAAAAACCGCAAACGGUUCAAGUAGCAUAUUGUGGUGUAUGCGGGUUACCCGCUGAAUACUGUGAAUUUGGACCCGAUUUCAAAAAAUGCAAACCCUGGUUGAUUCAAAACGCUCCCCAUCUUUAUCCACUUCUCAUUCAAGAAUCUAAUUCAAAGGAAGCGGAAAAAGUUUCUGAUCAACUACAAUCAUCUUCGAUAUCCGAUUCGGCCACUGGACCUUCUGGUUCUUCGGUGCCAAAGCAAGAGCCAGCAAAACGGCUUCCUGGUGGAAAAGUAAAAAAGAAGGAGAGACAAGAAGUUAUAAUCGAGAAGGUAACCCGCAACAAGCGUAAAUCCAUCACCACCCUGAAAGGUCUUGAACUUUUUGGUGUUAAACUGAGUGAUGCUUCAAAAAAGCUUGGAAAGAAAUUUGCAACUGGAGCUUCUGUUGUUCAGAUCCCAGAACCAGCCAUCUAUUUCAUUGAAGAUGGGAAAAAGGUCCCUGCUGUGUGACUUCCAACGACCAUAUGAAGUUUCUUUUGGUCCAGAAAGUCAAAUAUCACCAUUUAAAGCUUAAAGUGUAUGAUCUUAAGAAGGAAUUGCUUUUGUUGUUCAGUUAGUCUCCUACACACUGUUGAACAUUUUAAUGGAAACUAAUCUUUGAUAAAUGAUAACAUAAUAUCUAUUUUGCAA